CUCUUUAGUAUCAGCAGAUUUUAUCAUUUAAUUUGGUUUAACCGGUUUAAGUAUUCAGUUUAAUGUAAAAGUUUAAGGAGGAAAAGCGAGAAAAACUUACUUUUCCGGGCUUUCACGGAGUGCGGUACAACUUCGUCACGUGAUUGCUGGAAGUCAGCUGGAAUUCCCGCCAAAUCAGGACGAAUCAUAAAUAAAGAUGAGUCAAAAAUUUGAAAUUGAACCCGUAUCAGGUGAAAUACGUGAAUAUACUUGUCGAGCUCUGAAUGGGGUUAAUGCGAUUGAAGUUACGAGAACCGGCCGGGAUGAUUUUAUUCAUUACUAUUUUGGGACUUAUCAGGAUCUAGCAUUCACCUUUCCGAGCGACAAAGAAUCGUCAAAGAUAUUCGUAGAGAAGCACCUAGUUGUGUCCAAGGGCGAAGCCUUUAAAUCCUUCAAACGUGGUGCGCAAAAUGUUAUCACUGAUGUUUCCCUGGACACGUUCAAAGAGAUGAUCCAGCACAUCUAUGGAGGACCCCAUGUGAAUAUCCACGAAGGGAAUUUCUUGGAGAUUCUCAGAGCAUCCCGGAAGUUUUCCGUUCACAGUCUCACCUAUGAAGUUCUCCUGUUCCUCGUGGACUUCCUCAAUGGGGAAAAUUUGCCGAAAUACUUUGUGGAAAUUGAUAAAUUUUCCAUAAAGAUGAUAAAUGAUUUCAUGAGGCAUACCUGCAUUGUCUCCCCCUUGGUCAUCAUUGAGAAUUUAACCAUUUCUAAUCCAGCAUACAAGCGUCUUUUGAGCAUUAUUCUGGAAUUCCCAUGCCUCUCGUGCACGGAAUUCGAGCUGUACAACGGAAUCAUGAGUAUGCUGAAGAAGGAAUUCCAGAGGCUGAAGAAACCCCUAAUUGAUGAAGAAUUCCGGAAUGAAUUAGGACAGAUGAUCUACUUAAUUCGUUUCCCUGCCAUGUCUUUGGAGGAUUUAAUGGAAUGCGCAAAGAAACCAACUCUCUUGACAUCGCAGGAACUGAUUGACAUACAGAUGUGGGUGAAGGAAAGGAUCUUUUCUCAAUCUCUCCAGUUCUUCUCUGUUGCACCGAGACUUACCAGACUUCACCCGAAUCUCCAAAAAUCAUAUAUUAAACCCCAUCAGGAACCCCAGGAAUGCUAAAGGAAGUUCUCUUGUUCCCAAAACUUCCCAUUUUUUCAGUUUAUUGAUCUGUGAAUUUUUCUGAACUUCCUGUACCAAAUCUUGUUAUUUUUUCAAAGGAAUUCUAAC